UAAUUUAUUUUAUAAUUCCCAUUUUAGGACCCCAAUGGAAAUCGAAUUAAACAAUUCAAAGAUAUCAAACUAAACACUGGAGUCUAUACAAAUAAAUUCAAUCUAUCGGAACAAACGGUUUUGGGUCAAUGGCUAAUCUUAGCUUCCGUCUUGGGAAAAUAUGAGAAAUCCUCUGGUCGCAAUUUCAAAGUGGAAAAAUAUAUUUUACCCAAAUUUGGGGUUUACAUUGAUGCCGACUCUGAUUUUAUACUCGAUGACAAUGAAUUUAGCCUAACUGUAUAUGGUAAAUAUACAUUUGGUAAAUAUGUUGAAGGCACAGCAACAGUUGCUAUCCUAAAUCCGGCCACCAACAUGACCAUGUCCAAACAAGAAGCCACAUUGGACACUUAUCGCGCAUCGUUUACAUUUCAAUAUUACGAUAUACCACUGGCCCAGAUGUUUUCGUGGAUAAUCAUUUCGGCCACAAUUAAAGAAAGACAUACGGGCAUCACGCAAUCUACAUUGCAAGAAUUAAGUGUUCGAAAGCAGAAAUAUAAUAUCUUGGUGCCGGAAAAUGAGAUUGAAUUUCACAAUGGCAAGCCGUAUAAAAUAAAGGCCAUGGCACAGCAUUGGAAUGGCAGUUGUGUGCUUGAUACCAUCACUCCGAUGACAAUGAUUCAUGCCAAUAGGACAUAUGAAACACAUUUAGAUGCGAAUGGUGUGGGCACGUUCCCCUUUGACUAUGUUGACAAGGAAGUCAAUGUCUUCAACUACGCCGGCAGUUCAACCCAUUUACAGAACAUUGUCAUUGGUCAAAAUUAUCGAUUUGAUCAAUCGUCCGAAGCAGCUUGUACUCUAAAAUGGAAGGAAGGAAGAUUGAAAUUUGGUACCACCAUUGACCUGUAGUUAACAUCGAAAUUGCCCAUUCCCUAUUUCAUUUACACCGUCACAAGUCAUGCCGAUAUUGUUCGCAUGAAAUAUAUCCCUCUACCGGCCAAUACAAAAUCGCAUAUCAUAAAAAUUAAACCUGCUGUUGAUAUGAUACCACGUUGCUACGUCUAUGUCCACUACAUUAUAAAUGGAGAUUUACGCUAUUGUGAAUUAAGUUUGAAAUUCCCCAAUGAAUUCGAGAACACGGUAUCGAUUUCAGCCCCAUCAAUAGCUAAACCUGGACAGGAAGUACAGCUUGAUCUAAGAGCAAAACCUAAUUCAUAUGUAGGUCUACUGGCAGUAGACCUGAGUGUAUAUCUUGAAAAUCCAGAUUUUAAUAUCGAUCGGGAACGUAUUUUUAGAGAAUUAGUCUACGAUUUGACUUUUUCCGGUGUGGAUGUCAUAUAUCCUGGACAAAUAUCUGGACUCAUAACACUCACCAAUGCCAAUUAUUUGUAUGAAACAUCCAUUGAAAAAUAUGAGAGGCCAAGAUCUAAAAUAGAAUAUGACACUUUCCGCACUGAGAGAUUGAAAAUACGAUCAAAAUUUCCCGAAACAUGGAUAUUCAUGGACUUCGAUAAUGUCAGCGAAAUGACUCAAUUGACAUUUAAUGUUCCAGACACCAUAACCACAUGGCUGAUAACGGCAUUUUCUGUAAACGAUGAAAGUGGUUUUGGUAUGAUGUCCGAACCGACAAAUCUAACCGUUUUCAAGACAUUUUUCAUAUCCACAAAUUUACCAUAUUCCAUCAAGAGUGGAGAAGUUGUCAAAAUACCUUUGGUCAUAUUCAAUUAUCACAACAAGGACCUGGAUACGCGGAUAACAAUGAAUAGUCUUGAUGGAGAUUAUGACUUUAUUGAUGAGUUGACAAUGCAGCCAAUGGCCUCAACUACAAAAUCUCAAGACAUAAUUGCCUCAGCAAACGGUGGCAACACUCUGCACUUCUUCAUUAAACCCAAAAAGCUGGGAGUUAUUCGAAUAAACAUCAAAGCCACCAAUUAUUUAUACAACGAUGCCAUACUUCAGCAACUUUUAGUUGAACCCACGGGCACCAUGGAAAACCACAACAAGGAUUUAUUUAUAAAUCUCAAAAAAAGUGAGCAGCUAUUUCGAUCGUCCAUUGAUAUCGAUGUGCCUGAGAAUCAUGUUGCCGAUACCGAAUUUCUACAACUUUCUGUGAGCAGUGAUAUUCUCCACACCACACUCGAUAAUCUUGACAGUUUGGUACAAUUACCCACCGGCUGCGCUGAACAAAAUAUGGUUAAUUUUGCUCCCAAUGUUUUGGUAUUAGAUCAUCUGCGUGCCACACGAAAAUCUUCAGAAAACUCCGAUCUGGUGAAAAGAGCCACUGGACACCUUGAAGUUGGUUAUCAGCAGGAGUUAAGUUAUCGCCACUACAACGGUGCAUACAGUGUCUUUGGGCCGAACGCCCAAACAGAGGAAAGCACUUGGCUGACGGCAUAUAUUACUCGUUUCUUUAUUAAGGCACAACGUUAUGCCGGCGUAGAAAAUAGGAUAAUUCAAAGUGGUUUGCAUUUUCUGGAAUCCAAACAAUUGCCAUCGGGUGAAUUUCAAUAUACCGGCUAUUUAUUUCAUUCAGCCCAUCAGGAUCGUUACGGCUUUACGGCUUUUGUUUUGAUGACAUUCUUGGAGAGUUCGAAAUCUAGCCGAAACUAUAAAGCUGUCAUACAAAAAGGAGUCAAUUAUUUGGUGGACAAUAUCAACAACAUUAAUGAUACCUAUGCCCUAUCUUUGGUUUCGGUAGCAUUACAAAUGUCCAAAAGUGAGCAAGCCAAUCAGGUACUGGCAAAACUCCAACAAAAAUCGCACAGCAAAAAAGGUUUAAAAUGGUGGCAGUCUUCGAAUGCGGAACAUUCAAAUGAUGUAGAAAUAACGGCAUAUGCUCUAAUGGCUCUAUUGGGGACAAAUUCAUUGGAUAAUAUAAAUAUUGUCAAAUGGAUUUUGGAACAGCGUAAUAAGGCUGGAGGUUUCAAAACAACCCAUGAUACAGUGGUUGCUUUGCAGGCCCUCAUUCGAUUCAAUCAAAAAUACCCCAGCAAUAAUGACACGCUGCUCAAAUUCAAUUAUGCUGCAUUGGACGCCCAAGGGCUGGAGGUUGGCAACGGUUUUCUUGGUAUCGAUCCGAGCAAUAGUAAAAUAUGGCAAAAGAUUGAGCUUCCAAAAACCACUCGUUUGCUUCAGUUAAAAAUAGAGGGCGAGGGAAAUGCUCUGGUCCAGCUGGCCUAUCAUUAUUAUGUUCCCUUGGAAACGGAUGUGGAGAGUAUUACAUUGGAUGAUGACUCAAUUACUGCCACAACAUUUGCCAAGUCCAGCAGCGUAAUUCAUCGAAGAGAAACACCAAAACAGAAAUCAUUUGCCAUUUCACCCAUGGCAAAGCUAACUUCUAACGCUGUAAUGGAGUUAGAAGUCUGUUUCAAAUUUAAGCCGUCGAAAGAACUUAAACAUCGUCAGACCAAUAUGGUGAUUAUGGAAAUAAAUAUGCCCUCCGGAUUUGUUGUGUCACCUGAAUCCAUGCAUGAUUUACAAGAAGAAGAAUUUGUGGCCCGUGUUGAAGUCAAGGAUUCCAAUACCAAAUGUUUGGCAUAUUUCAAACAUCUGCAGGCCGAUGAUGAUGAAAAAUGUCUUAGUAUUCAGGCGGAUAAUAUGCAUGAGGUUUUGCAGCUGGAGCCGGCAUCGAUAAUAAUGUAUGAUUAUUAUAUACCGGAAAAUCGAGAUACAAUAGCAUAUCAAAUGUAGACAUAAAGCAUUAAUAAUUUCUCAAUAAUUAUUGUAAAAAAAAUAAACCUCAAGCGAGUCAACAAA